CGGCGAUGCCGGCCGUUGUGGAGCGAUUUAUUCGGUAAGAUGGCGGCUACCAUAAACGGAGUGUUUUGUGAGGAAUUGCGUGAUGCGAUUUUACACAGCAAAGUGCUUGUCGUGGGUGCCGGUGGUAUUGGUUGCGAGAUCCUGAAGAAUCUUGUUAUGUCUGGAUUUGCCGAUAUCGAAAUCAUUGAUUUGGAUACGAUCGAUGUAAGCAACUUAAAUAGGCAGUUUUUAUUUCAAAAAAAGCAUGUAGGAAAAUCAAAAGCUAGUGUAGCACGAGAAACAGCAUUAACAUUCAAUCCAGAUGCUAAAGUGACACACUAUCAUGACAGUAUCACAUCAUCAGACUUUGGUUUGUCUUUUUUCAAAAGAUUCUCUGUGGUUUUGAAUGCACUUGACAACAGGGCAGCUAGAAAUCAUGUGAAUCGUAUGUGCUUGGCAGCAGAUAUACCAUUAAUAGAAUCUGGUACUGCAGGUUAUGAAGGUCAAGUUGAGCUUAUUAAGAAAGGCCUGAGCCAGUGCUAUGAAUGUACUCCAAAGGCUGCGCAGAAAACUUAUCCUGGCUGCACUAUUCGCAACACACCCAGUGAGCCUAUUCAUUGCAUAGUGUGGGCCAAACAUCUUUUCAAUCAAUUAUUUGGAGAGGAAGAUCCUGAUCAGGAUGUUUCUCCGGACACAGCGGAUCCUGAAGCAGCUGAUACAGCGGGAGAAGAAGCUUUACAAGGGAAAUCCAAUGACAAAGGCAAUAUCGAUAGAGUGUCCACGCGAGUUUGGGCUCAGUCCUGCGAAUACGAUCCAGAGAAACUGUUCACAAAAUUGUUUCAUGAUGAUAUCAAGUACCUAUUAAGCAUGGAUAACCUGUGGAAGAAGCGCAGACCUCCAACACCAUUGAAUUGGAGAGAGUUGCCAGAUGGAGUGGCUGGAUGCAGUAAAGAAAUCAGUCAACCUGGCCUAAAGGAUCAACAACGCUGGAGCAUUUCCAAGUGCGGUUCUAUUUUUGCGGAAUCGAUGAAGAAUUUGAGUCAAUCGUUGAAAGUUUCGUUGGAAAAAUCACCGGAUAAUUAUCUGGUUUGGGAUAAAGACGAUCAGCACGCUAUGGAUUUUGUCGCCGCGUGCGCCAACAUCCGUGCACACAUCUUUGGAAUUUCUCAGAAGAGCAGAUUCGAUAUUAAAUCAAUGGCGGGCAACAUAAUUCCAGCGAUCGCUACCACCAACGCUAUAAUCGCGGGCAUGGUAGUCCUCCAUGCUUUCCGAGUACUCGAAAAUAAUCUGCAAGCCUGCAGAUCCGUUUAUCUGCGUCUGAAAAUGAAUCAUCGCAAUCAACUGCUGGUGCCUGAAAAGGCGGUGAAUCCGCCCAAUCCUCAGUGCUAUGUUUGCGCACCUACUCCGCAGGCCGUGCUGGCGGUCGACACCUCCAGCAUGACUAUUAGGGAAUUGGAAGAGUUGGUUCUCAAGAACAGACUCAAUAUGAUUGCACCUGAUGUUAUGAUUGAUGGCACAGGCGCCGUUGUCAUCAGCAGCGAGGAAGGCGAAACAGAGGGCAACAAUGACAAAAAGUUAGAGGAAUUGGGGAUAAAAGAUGGAGCGAUUCUCAAGGUCGACGACUUCCAGCAGAAUUAUUCGUUGACUGUCUUCGUAGUUUAUCGGGAGAAACCUGGUCCAAAGGACGAUAGUCCACAAUUUUUGAUACUGGCUGAUAAGAACGCACUUAAACCUCAGGAAGUAGAAGAAGAGGAAGAAGAUAAGACAGAAAAACCUUCGACUUCCAAUGGACAAAACGUGAGCGAUACGCCGGAUGCAUCUAAAAAACGCAAAAAUGUGGCAAUCAAAGAUGUUGCAGCCAAGAAGCGCAGGGUAGAAGUUGAUAACGCUGAUGAUGAUGAUAUCUGCGUUAUCGACAAUGACGUGCAUCAUGAUAAUUCUUCUAAGAUAAAGAAUUUAACGUUGAGGAAGCGGAAGGUUUCCGAAGAUACUGAUUGCUUGAUAGUGUGUGAGGAUGUGCAUAGCGAUUAGCUGAAAAAAUAACAUACCUUCGUAUUAUAAUACGUUUAUUAAUACGUUCAUUAAUGAUACGUUUCAAGGUAAUAAAGCGAAAGCAAAUCCGAAACAUUUGAAA